GCAAGCUUCGAGCAGCCUUAUUUGUUGUUUUUUUAAAGAAAAGUUCUGAUGUUUUUUGAGAGCUCGCUGGAUAUUGUUUACGUGAUUGGCUCCCGCCUUUAAAAUUCAAGUGAACACCCGCGAGAUUAGAGUUUAGGGAAUAAGAAAAUAUAGUUGGAUCCCCAUUUUGGGAUUUGUAGUUUAUUAAUGUUCUUAGUUGUUAUUCGCACUUGUUUGGACACCAGUUGUACUGCAUGCAUAUAAUCCGACAGUAAUUAACUUCGUACCUAUUAUUCAUAAAUAACUCUAAUAUAUUAACUGUGCGCAACACUAAACAAAAUAUAUAUCUGUGAGGUGCUGCCUGAGCAGCUACAUAGGACACAAAACAGGAAGUUGUAAGCAUUGUGGGACGUGUAGUUCCGCUUCAAGGCCGAUCAGCUUGAUAACAGCGCGACGAAAAACGAAACAAAAAUAAAUUAGAUACAACUUCAAUAAAAUAACGCAUUUAUCAGAUAUUUGUUGAAGUAAACAUGCCUGGUUUCACCUGCUGUGUCCCUGGCUGCUACAACAACUCGCAUCGGGACAGAGAGCUGCGGUUCUACACAUUUCCAAAGGAUACCACGCAAAGAGAGAUUUGGCUCAAGAACAUCUCCCGGGCCGGGGUGAGUGGCUGUUUUAGUACCUUCCAACCAACUACGGGACACCGCGUCUGUAGCGUACACUUUUCCGGUGGAAGAAAGACAUACACAAUUCGAGUACCGACGCUCUUCCCGUUGAGAGGAGUGAAUGAACGCAAGAGUCGAAGGGGCAGGAACAGGAAAGCGUCUGUGGCUAGUCAUGCUCCAGGCAGCACCAUUGUCAUCACCAACGUUGUUUCGGCAGCCCACGAUGCCGCUGAGACCGCUCAGAGCGAUGCAGGCACGGACACACCAACUACGGAUGGGCCUCUCGUGGUACAGAUCGGCCCUGACGGUGAAUAUCUCGGUGCUGUAAAUCCACCCGCUUUGAGUGAGGGGUCCUGUUUGACUGCAGUUGUCUCCAGCUCCACUGACCUGGCCGGGGGCGACGAUCCCCCUGCAGACGCCGCGGCUACUGUACAACAGCAGACCGUGCAGUACUACAGUGUUGUCAGCAGCCCUCCAGACCACGCAUACUCGCUGACCACCGGGACCACCUCGGCCGAGUUGUUGCGAAAAUUGAACGAGCAGAGGGACAUCAUUGCACUUAUGGAAGUAAAGAUGAAGGAGAUGAAAGGAACCAUCCGCCAGCUGCGAGUGAACGAGGCCAAGUUACAGGAGGAGGUGCGAGAGCGGGACCGUUUACUGUCUGCAGGAGCAGCGGUGGCCGCGGUGCCUGUGGUCAGGAAGAAAAUAUAACAGUUUUCACCCAAAGGAUGGAUAGCUCAUGACCGACUCGACUUAAAGACUCAAACGUGAGAUCACACCAAGGGAGUAAUGGUGAACACUGCAAACCAUCUUUUGUACAAAAGCGAUGACAAUUUAUUUCCAAUAGAGGAGAUAGAUACUUUUCAUCUGCUAAUGCUAUUACUGGCUAGUUAGCUGAUAGGAAUAAUCCCAUAGUUGCCUAUAAAACAUUGGGGGAGGGGGGGGGGCAUUUAAUUAUUAGGUCUUUGUUUUGUUGUAAGGUUUGUAUUUGUUUGUUUGUCAGUGUCUGCAGCUGAAUUCUCUUUGCAGUAUAUUGAAAACCAGCUUUUUUGCUCUGAGGUUCUCCGUGAAAGCCAAGUUGUGCUGCAACUGUACCCUGGAGGAGAUCGGUGUUGGGCAUCAUGGGAUGAUGUGUGUUUUUUAGGCGCCUAUGUCCUUCAGAUGCCUUCUUGGGCAAUGAGAUUAAUGUCGCCAUCUGAUUUUAAGAACUUUACUGCAUCAGAGGGUAACUGUGACUUCACAUUUUAACCUUCUCUCCCAAUCGGUUUGAUAUCUGCAGAUAGUUGCCACCCACACUUGGAGGUUAUGUUAACCUCUGACUGUUGAACUUAGACCUUACAGCAAUGACCGUCGUGAUGAAUGACUGUUCUGAAACUUAAAUCAUAUCAAUUUGAAGUAAAUUUCAUUUUGAAAUAAUA